AUGCGUAAAAACAAAAAAGUACAUGCUUUUUACGGCCCGCACUAUACUGACGAAUGGACCGAUGAAUAUAAUCAAGGUCUUUAUUCUGAUUUAACGCGAGCAAUACGUGAAUUAACAUCUGUCGAUGAUAGUGAUGAUACUGAUGCAUGUGUUCAACCGCCGUUUGAUACUUAUAAUCAAGACAAGCCAUUAUUGGAAAAUUAUCGUUUAGUAAAUUUUCAAAAUAUUCGUUCGUCAUCAUCUGUAUCAGCUGGCAAAGAAGAUGCACUUGAAAGUCAUAAACUAGAUGUAUCUUGGACUUUUGAUUUAAAUCAAGCGGCUCUUAUAGGUGGCAGUGAUAGAGUUACAGAAGAAGAUGUCUGUUUAUGGACCAGUUGGGUACCAUUAACUCACUGUACACCAAGUUGUGGACCAGCAUAUCGAAUACUGGAUCGACUAUGUAUCGUUGCUAGUACUGGCCGAAGUUGUCCAACUUCUCUUUGUGGACGUGAUGAAUCGCAACGAAAUGAAACAUGUUCUUGUUCUCCACCUUGUGAAACAAUCAUUAUUAUUCCAUCAACUGCUGAUCGAGAUCCCAGCAUACGAAUUAUUUCUUAUUCAUUACCUAACACAUUGUAUUUUUUUGAACAAACUUAUCGUCGUAUUUGGAUAUCUAAUAAAGGUUACAUUACAUUUGAUACACCUUAUUACAGUCAAACAAUGACAAGUUUUGCCUUUCAACAAAUCAUCAAUCAAGCUAUUGCAGCUCCAUUUUGGGCAGAUUUGAGUUAUAUUCCUAAUUAUUCACAUAUCACUAUUGACUGGCUCAGCUCAACCAAUUCUACUGGUAGUGAUGCAAGUACUUACAACAAUGUGAUUCAAUCAGUCAUCAUGUCAGCUUGUCCAUCAUUAUUCUGUUCAUUGAAUUUUGUAGCCGCAAGAGUUGUUCGAAUCACUUGGCAAAAUCUUGCAUAUGAAUCAUCUUAUAUUAAUAAGUCCAUAAUUGUAUCAUUCUCAGCAUAUUUGAUAAAUACAUAUGAAUCUGAUUCUUCACACUAUAGUUAUCCAAUUCUUCGAUCUUAUAUUGCAUUUGAUUAUACAAAUCUUAUGAGUGACCUUGCAUAUCUUAGACCUUUUGUUGCACAACGUGAUAAACUAACUUUUUAUGUUGGUGGUCGUUUCUCAAGUCAAUGUGAAGUGAGCUUUUUACAAGAAACAAGAAUAUAUAUAUUGAAUCCUUGGGAGAAUCUAAAUGAUAUAAUAAUAAAUCCUCGAUUUCCAUGUCCUUGUACACUUCGACAAGCACAAGUCGACACUCGUUUUGGUCGUUUAUUUAGUGAAACUCAAUAUGAAAAUGGCCAAGUCUGUUUAUGGACCAGUUGGGUACCAUUAACUAAUUGUACAUCAAGUUGUGGACCAGCAUAUCGAAAAGUAGUGCGAUUAUGUAUCGUUGCUAGUACCGGCCAAAGUUGUCCAACUUCCCUUUGUGGACGUGGUGAAUCGCAACGAAAUGAAACAUGUUCUUCUUCUCCACCUUGUGAAACAAUCACUAUUAUUCCAUCAACUGCUGAUCGAGAUCCCAGCAUACGAAUUAUUUCUUACUCAUUACCUAACACAUUGUAUUUUUUUGAACAAACUUAUCGUCGUAUUUGGAUUAUUUUUGUUGCAUUUGGAAUAAAUUCUCGAUUUCCAUGUCCUUGUACACUUCGACAAGCACAAGUCGACACUCGUUUUGGUCGUUUGUUUAGUGAAACUCAAUAUGAAAAUGGCCAAGAUGAUUUUAGUGAUCAAUGUUGUUCACCUUCGCAUAUAACUGGACGUCCUGAUUGGGAACUAUGUUAUCUCUAUUAUCAACUUCAUCCACCAAGUAGUUGUACAGGAUAUCGACCUCUAGCUAUAGAUGCUGAUGAAUCGGCUAAUGAGAAUAAUCAACGUCUUCAUGCUGAGCUAUCAGGAACAAUAGGUAAAUUCUCAUCUAUCAAAAAUCGUGAUGAUACCGAUAAACAUUUUUCAUCGUCAGUUGAUAAUUCUGAUCAAGACCAACUGUUACUGGAAGGUUAUCGUUUGGUAAAUUCUCAAGAUAUUAUUUCAUCGUUUCAAAUAGUCACACAUGAUGAAGGAUCUACAGAUGGCAGUGACACGACUACAGAAGAAGAUAGUACAUCAGUGACCGUGACAGGUACAACAGAAUCAACAACUAUUGUUCAUUUAACUUCAAGUGAUUUUCAAACUGGUGUCAUGUCCACUCACAUAAGCGAAGUAACAUCCGAACGUAGCCAAACACCAUUGUUUAUUUCUACUUCACAAUCUAAUUUCUCACCAUCGACUAUGGUACCUACUCAAAGUUCAACCUUGAUCUCCAUCCCUACCGAAAAAUUAACCAGUGAAACUUCAUCGUCAACGACAACAACAACAGCAAUGCCACAAGUGUGUUUAUGGACCAGUUGGGUAUCAUUGACUAAUUGUACUCCAAAUUGUGGACCAGCAUAUCGAAUUGUGGUUCGAUUGUGUAUCGUUGCUAAUACUGGACAAAGUUGUCCAACUUCUCUCUGUGGAGGUGGUGAUUCACAACGAAAUGAAACAUGUUCUUCUUCUCCACCUUGUGAAACAACUACUGUUAUUCCACCAACUGCUGAUCGAGAUCCCAGCAUACGAAUUAUUUCUUAUGCAUUACCUGAUACAAUGUAUUUUUUUGAACAAAUUUAUCGUCGUAUUUGGAUAUCAAAUAAAGGUUACAUUACACUUAAUACACCUUAUUAUGCACAAACAAUGACAAAUUCUGCCUUUCGACAAAACAUCAAUCAAGCGAUUGUAGCUCCAUUCUGGGCUGAUCUGAGUUAUAUUUCUAAUUACUCACAAAUCACAAUUAACUGGCUCAGUUCAACCAAUUCUACUGGUAGUAAUGCAAGUGCUUACAACAAUGUGAUUCAAUCGGUCAUCAUGUCAGCUUGUCCAUCAAUAUUCUGUUCAUCGGAUUUUCUAGCCGCAAGAGUAGUUCAAAUCAGUUGGCAAAAUCUUGUAUAUGAAUUAUCUUCUAUUAAUAAAUCAAUAAUUAUAUCGUUCUCAGCAUAUUUGAUAAAUACAUAUGAAGCUGAUUCUUCACACUAUAGUUAUCCAAUUCUUCGAUCUUAUAUUGCAUUUGAUUAUACAAGUCUCCCGAGUGAUCUUGGAUAUCUUAGACCUUUUGUUGCACAGCGUGAUAAAAUAAGCUUUUAUGUUGGUGGUCGGUUUUUAAGUCAAUGUGAAGUCAGCUUUUUACAAGAAACAAGAAUAAAUGUAUUGAAUCCUUUGGAGAAUCUAAAUGAUAUAAUAAUAAAUCCUCGAUUUCCAUGUCCUUGUACACUUCGACAAGCACAAGUCGACACUCGUUUUGGUCGUUUGUUUAGUGAAACUCAAUAUGAAAAUGCUCAAGGUAUCGUUUGUUAUGCACCAAGGACUACUAGCUGGAUAAAUGUAGGUUCGACAUUUAAAUUACUCAAGUCACAAACAUGUUGUUACAACUGGUUCAGUCAAGGACUAAUAACUUUUGGUACUCUUGCCGGUUCAGUUUUAUCAAAUCCAUACAUUCUUUUUCUACCAUAUCCUUGGCAAAGACGAAUUCCAUUCUAUGACCAAUGUUGUUCACCUUCUUAUGUAACUGGACGUCCUGAUUUGGAACUAUGUCAUCUCUAUUUUCAACUUCAUCCACCCAGUAGUUGUUCAGGAUAUCGGCCUCCAUCUAUAGGCACUGGUGUUGGUGAUCCUCAUGUUAAUACAAUUGAUGAUGGUCGAUAUACAUGUCACAUAAACGGUCUUUUUGUCUUUGCUCAAACAACCAUCAAUACUCAAACAAUUGCACAAAAUAAUUUAAAUAACAAUCUAUCAAAUAUGGAUCUUAUAUAUCCUGAUGAUUUAUUUCAAAUUCAUGUUCAGUCUGUAUUUGUACCACCAGCAUUGUCUUAUAUUGAACGAACACAUGGUUAUGCACAGCGUGAUAAAAUAAGUUUUUAUGUUGGUGGUCGUUUCUUAAGUCAAUGUGAAGUGAGCUUUUUACAAGAAACAAGAAUAAAUAUAUUGAAUCCUUGGGAGAAUCUAAAUGAUAUAAUAAUAAAUCCUCGAUUUCCAUGUCCUUGUACACUUCGACAAGCACAAGUAGAUACUCGUUUUGGUCGUUUGUUUAGUGAAACUCAAUAUGAAAAUGCUCAAGGUAUCGUUUGUUAUGCGCCAAGAACUACCAGUUGGAUAAAUGUAGGUCAGACAUUUAAAUUACUCAAGUCACAAACAUGUUGUUACUACUGGUUUAGUCAAGGACUAAUUACUUUUGGUAGUCUUGCCGGUUCAGUUUUAUCAAAUCCAUAUAUUCUUUUUCUACCAUAUCCUUGGCAAAGACGAAUUCCAUUCUAUGAUCAAUGCUGUUCACCUUCGCAUAUAACUGGACGUCCUGAUUGGAAACUAUGUUAUCUCUAUUAUCAACUUCAUCCACCAAGUAGUUGUAAAGAAUAUCGACCUCCAGCUAUAGUCACUGGUGUUGGCGAUCCUCAUGUUAAUACAAUUGAUGAUGGUCGAUAUACAUGUCACGUACAAGGUCUUUUUGUCUUUGCUCAAACGACCACCAAAGCUCAAACAAUUGCACAAAAUAAUUUCUGUAGCAAUGCAUUGAAUAUUGAUUCUAUAUAUCCUGAUGAUUUAUUUCAAAUUUAUGUUCGUUCUAUAUUUGUGCCACCAGCCUUGUCUUAUAUUGAACGAACACAUGGUUAUGGUUCAAUUUUUUCAAGUUAUACUAUAAUUGCUGUCCGUUUUACUUUUGUCAUUAGUAAUAUUAAUGGCAAAUUUGGUUUUACUGUUAACAAUAAUUCAACAUUUACCAAUGAUUUGUCAAAUAACUUGAACUAUGAUCAUAUAAAUACAAUGAAUUAUAGCGAACAAUAUAUUUAUCGAGUACAACAAACAACUCGAGCUGUAUUAAAUGUUACAAUACCACAGUUGAUCAUUUCUCUAUGGUCAGGUCUCUCUAUGGAAUUUGAAAUUAUUGGUGAAAAUCUCGAAUGUAAACUAAUAUUACCGGAAAAAUUUCGAACACAUAUUGAAGGUCUAGUAGGAAAUUUCAAUGGAGAUUCUAAUGAUGAUCUAUUUAAUCGAGAAACAAAUCAGAUAGUUCCAAUAGAAAACACAUCGAAUUUACCAGCAUCGGAACAUGAUACAGCUGUUCUUGAAGCUUGUCUUUCAUAUGAUUUUAGUGACCAAUGUUGUUCACCUUCGCAUAUAAUUGGACGCCCUGAUUGGGAACUAUGUUAUCUCUAUUAUCAACUUCAUCCACCAAGUAGUUGUAAAGAAUAUCGACCUCCAGCUAUAGUCACCGGUGUUGGCGAUCCUCAUGUUAAUACAAUUGAUGAUGGUCGAUAUACAUAUCACAUACAAGGUCUUUUUGUCUUUGCUCAAACGACCACCAAAGCUCAAACAAUUGCACAAAAUAAUCUCCAUAGCAAUGCAUUGAAUAUUAAUCUUAUAUAUCCUGAUGAUUUAUUUCAAAUUUAUGUUCGUUCUAUAUUUGUGCCACCAGUCUUGUCUUAUAUUGAACGAACACAUGGUUAUGGUUUAGUGUUUUCAAGUUAUACUAUAAUUGCUGUCCGUUUUACUUUUGUCAUCAGUAAUAAUAAUGGCAAAUUUCGUAAUGAAUAUUUCAAAUCAAUAAUAAAUAAAUUAAUCAUGUGUGUUUAA